AUGGCCUACCCACGCGGGAGAGUGGGCGCAGAGGCUGUUAGGAUUUUCCUCGCGGGCAGCUCGGCCUCGGGGCCCCUCGCAGGCCACCAGCGGGUGGGGGGCAGCCCCGCGACGCCCUUUGCAGCCGGCCACCCUCCUCCCUCCCGGGGAGCUUUUGCACACGACGUGCGGCGGGCAGCUUCACACGGGGCGGCGAGGGCCGGGAUAAAGCGGGCGGCGCGCACACGUGCAGCGCGGAGACGCGGACGCGGGGUCGGGGGCGCCGAGCGGGAGCGGGAGCGGGAGCCGCCGGUGUGCGCGCGGCGGAGCGUCCGGCGCGCAGCGUCCAGGCCGCUGUCGGCGAGGCGGGGGCGCGCGGGCGGCAUGGAGGCCGCGGAGAAGCAGCACCUGUUGGACGGCAGGCGUGGAGUGGGGUCAUACACAAGAUCUCUGUGGCAGGACAAGGCUGGCUGGUUCCCUCAGCUGCAGCCUGCCCAGGACUUCCAGGCUGUUGAGCUGGCUGCCCACAGCAACCAUUACUGCCAUGCCCAGGAGAAUCCAAGCAGUCACUAUGACCCCAAGAAGGAGCGGGCCCGUCGCCAGCUCUACGUGGCCUCUGCCGUCUGUCUGGUGUUCAUGAUUGGGGAAGUCAUUGGUGGGUACCUGGCACAUAGCCUGGCCAUCAUGACUGAUGCCGCCCACCUGCUCACUGACUUUGCCAGCAUGUUCAUCAGCCUCUUCUCUCUCUGGAUGUCCUCCCGACCAGCCACCAAGACCAUGAACUUUGGCUGGCAGCGUGCUGAGAUCUUGGGAGCGCUGCUCUCUGUGCUGUCCAUCUGGGUUGUGACUGGGGUGCUGGUGUACCUGGCUGUGGAACGACUGAUCUCUGGGGACUAUGAGAUUGAAGGAGGCACCAUGCUCAUCACGUCGGGCUCCGCUGUGGUUGUGAACAUCAUAAUGGGGUUGAUCCUGUACCAGUCUGGCCAUGGACAUAGCCAUGGCAACGGGCAUAGCCAUGAUGACACCAGCCAGCAGCAGGAGAACCCCAGUGUCCGAGCUGCCUUCAUCCAUGUGAUUGGGGACUUUCUACAGAGCUUGGGUGUCCUGGUGGCAGCCUAUAUUUUAUACUUCAAGCCAGAGUACAAGUAUGUGGACCCCAUCUGCACCUUCAUCUUCUCCAUCCUGGUCCUGGGGACAACCUUGACUAUCCUCAGAGAUGUGAUCCUGAUACUAAUGGAAGGGACUCCCAAGGGCGUGAACUUCACUGCCGUGCGGGAUCUGCUGCUGUCCGUGGAGGGCGUGGAAGCCUUGCACAGCCUGCACAUCUGGGCGCUGACCGUGGCCCAUCCCGUGUUGUCUGUCCACAUUGCCAUUGCUCAGAAUACAGAUGCCCAGGCUGUGCUGAAGGUGGCCAGCACCCGCCUCCAGGGGAAGUUCCAUUUCCACACUAUGACCAUCCAGAUCGAGAACUACUCCGAGGACAUGAAGGACUGUCAGGCGUGCCAAGGCCCCGCAGACUAACGGCCUGGCAAGGCACCAACUGAGGCUCGACUAGGACCUGCAAGUGGCCAGACCGAGUGUCCUACACACCCAGCCAGGACCCUGCCUACCCCACACCUCUCUCUUUCAGGUUCAGUGUGGAGCUCUGUCCCCUGUAGGAGUGGGGCUCUUCCUGGCCUCCCCAUCUACCCACACCCACCCCCAGGGUAGAGACUAAGGAGCUAGCCCUGUCCUCCACCUCUAGGUCAGCUCCCCACAGGUCUUGUUUGAGUCUGAUCCCCAGCUGGUACCAUCCUGACACCCACAGUAGGAAAGUCAUCAAGGCAUAGCCUGGGGUGACAGAGAAGAGACUGGCCUGAAAGUUCCCCCACUGGCCUGCAUUUCCCACCUGCAUCCUGACUGCCCUGGAAUGAAGCUCCUCCCUCUGCCAAUAAGGUUUGAGGAGGCCAUGGGGUUUGGGGUUAUGAAGACCCUUGGACUCACAUGUGCUCCCCUGAGAUGUGCAGCCACAGGCACCUGAGGUCUGCCUAUUACUUAUUACUGUCACCUUACUUUUGGGCAAAAUGCUUCCUUUUCCUGAAGGGGGAAGCUUCUUACUGGGUAACCUGGCUGUUUUCCUUGUUUCCCCCACGUUAGGAAGCUGGGCCAAUGUACAGAUACCCUUGACACAGUUUGAGGGGACAGGUUGCAGCUGUGGUCUGGCCCAAACAAGUCCUGAGGCCACUUCUGUCACCGUGACAGUGUUCCAGGGGAUUAUAGAGCCUGGAAUUAGACAUGACUGAUCUGGCUCUAUUGCAUAUAUGGCCUCACAUAAUCAGAAUCAGGAACAAAUAUUGCCCAGUAUCUAACUAGGAAGGGAGAACCUGUCUUCUGGGAUUUUGUGUACGAUCACUCCUGAGUUAGGGGCUGACUUGUGUUUAGAAGAAGCAAGUGGGAAUGUGGAGGACCACCUGGAUGCAGCUCCUAGGAAGAAGAGCAGUUGUCUCCCUUUUGGCUAAACCUGGCCCUAUUUCCAUGUACUGAUAUGUACAGAGCUGGCUAAAACUUUUCCUUAUCUCCUCAGUUGGCUUUAAGCAAUGCAGAUCAGUCCAGUCCAGGUGCUGAUGUGUAGUCUUUGAAUCAAAGGGACAGGGGAGUGUUACCCCAUCCCUGCAGCUUCCAAAAUAUGUGUGAGCUGGGAGGGAGGGAGAACUGUGUUCCAUUCAGUUGGUGGGUUCGAGCUUCUAGGUAAGAGGCUAUGACUUCCCAGGGUAUAAAAGAUUACACAUCAGAGCUGAAGCACCAACCCCCAAACAUUAGAUACUACCUCAAGUUGAGUUAUGCAGAUGACUCUUUCUGCAUAUCCUUCUCUAUGCAUAGUGCAGAGGUGACUUCAGGCCUCCUACCUAGCCCAGCUCACAACACUCAUCUACUUCCCGCCAUCUGCACAGCCACUCGUCAUCAAGCCACUCCCUUCUUCACGAAUGUGUAAAGCCAGGGUCCAGCCCUGGGUCAAGGCCUUUGUUUUGGUUAACCAUCACCCUAUCUGAACUUAACAGUCCUCCGUCACUCCCCACGACUAUAAAUAUGCCUUAAUGCCUUUAUUCUGGCACUGGUUACGCUGGUAGUGGGAGAUUGCUAGAAUUCCAAUAACUUUUCCAUGGGAUUGCAAAUUUAAACUUCCCAGACCAAGAAGAAGUCUAGGAAAGGGCUCACCAUCUCACAAAGGCAACCAGCCUAGUUAAGCAGGGAGCCUUGUGCCUAAUGUCUGUCUCACCUGAUGUCCACUCCUGCUGUUAUGAGCAAAUGUCCUUUGGCCAGUUGACCUCCCCAUUCUUAUCUGAAGACCGAAAAUGGGACACCUACCUCACAGGGCUGUUGUGAGGGCAGAGCCAAAGAUCUGGUCACCUGGCCAAGCACCUGGUA